AUGGAUAACCAUACGGAAUUACUGACAUCACUCAGGCAAGGUCAAAAUGGAAAUCCCCCGAUGCACCCUGUUAAUAAAGAGAUUUAUCAGAAGGAUAACACAGCAGUUUCAUUAGCUGAUCUUGGUUUGUCUUCAAUAACAGAUGAUGCUGUUGAGCUGCUUCAACUAGUUGAGAACCUUUCUUUGCACCAGAAUAACUUAACACAGCUUCCCGGAUCCUUUAAAAAGUUGACAAAUCUUCGAACCAUCGAUCUUUCUGAUAACAGAUUCAAUGAUAUUCCUCCAUCGUUAAUGCAAUGCCUUCGAUUAGAAAAAAUAAAUCUUUCUAACAACAACAUAUGGCAGCUACCUCAAGAAUUUCCAGAGACAUGGUGUGAUAACCUUGUUACACUCUCAUUGAGGAACAACAAUCUAACAUCCAUCAAGACACUAUUUCCUAUAAUAUCCCAGUUAAAGAAUCUACGAGUCCUUGAACUAGAUGGGAAUAAUUUUCCAAAUGAUGUUAUCGAGAAGGUUCUACAAGGUUUUACUAGUUCCAAGUGCUCUGCGGAAGAAUACUGGGUUAUAGCCUUAAGAAAAUUCUUCAGUGACAAUACCGUUUCACAAACACCGGCAGUUACAACUCUGGAUCCACAACAAAAGAUAGCAAGGGCUGCGAAACGAAUGGGCUUUAUUGGAAAUUCACAUGAUUCGGAAGACAAUGAGAAUAAUCUCACGUCUCCCCAGAGCGAUCUUGAUCUUUACUCUCAUUCAAAAUUCAACGAAUACUUCAAAAGAUUAUCUGUUCUGCCAGAGGAACCCAAUUUGCAAGAGGUAGAAGAGGAAACAGAUGAACAGAAUUAUAAAGAAUUACUACAGACACAUCAUGAAAAGAAAAGAAAAUCUAUGGAAAAUGUUGUGCUAGCUUGCAGGAAACUUUUGUUCACUUUCACUGAGUGUCAGCAAAACAUUAGGAAGAUAACAUCGCUAUGUUCUGAAAAGACCAUUUCGGUUAAUGUUGUGUCACAGCUUUACAGUCUCAAGUCUCAUAUUGAUAAUUUAGUUGAAGUCUUGGAACAAUUUGAAAAUAAUAGUCAACAAAAUGAUCCUUCAAUAACGCAAAGUCAGUUCCUUCAUCAUGAUGUUUUGAUACGACUAUGUUUGACCAUACUUUCUAUAUUCAAAAAGAUUUUUGUUCAACUUCGAAAGAACUUCACUGCAUUUUUUGGCAAUAACGACGUGUUUUUUUUAAGGGUGUUCUACAUGAACAUAUUAUGUUCGUAUACUGAAAUAUUCAACGCCUGGAAACUACUUGUUUUGGAUAACCAGGAAAUGAUGAAAAAGAAAAAGCUAGCCAGAACGCAUUCAGUUCAUUCUAUGAACAUGGCUCAGUACCAAAAGUAUUUAAACAGCAGGCAAAAAUCGUCUUCUGCUAUUAAUCGAUCUUCUUCUCUGAGUGGCGUCUCUUCCCAACAGUCUGCAAUUAAUGUCAACACACCAGGUAUAAAUGGUCCUUAUGCGAAUCAAAAUGGCCAACAGGUUACCCCGCCAAUUAAUCCAACAUCUUUCACGACUACACCGAUAUCUGAAGUUUCAACAACACCGCCUAUACUAGAUUCUUCACCGAAACCACCUCGCAGUCUAAAUUACAGUGAGCAAUCAACUGCCUCCACAGUCACACAAGGUGCCGCACCCACCGAUACCUCCAAUAUCCCCUCACAAGCACUUGCAGAUAAGGAUAUAGACCUGCAGCUAUACCAUACGUUGAAUACAGUUAUUGAUAUGGUUAACGUUGUAUAUUCACAAUUGACGCAGGCAAUAACAAAGUCAGCAAUAGCUAGUACUACCUCCGAUCAGCUUUCAAUAACUCCUACGGUUGCUGCAAAAACAAAAGAAUUGACAGAUACUUGCUUCCAAUCCAUGGAGUUAUCGAAAGUGUUAAAAAAACGACUAAAUGUGAUUUCCAAUAGUGAUAUUGACACAUAUUUGGUUACUAAAGAAAAGCUCAAAACUUGGGAAGAUAUAAAUGCAUUUUUGAAGUCAAUCAUAGCUAUUCUAGCCAACACAAAGGAAAUCAUGAGUGAUCUGCCGACUUUGAAUGACGUGAGGCCUAAUCUAGCCUCUUUAGCUAAAAUUACAAAGGAUGUUACUGUUAUACUCGAUCUAAGCUCUUACAAAAGUGCUUCCAUUACCAAUCAGCAGUCAUCCUCAAACCCUUCAUAUGUUGGUGCAAGUUCUGUUGAUGCGCCAUCACAACAGCAAAAUCACACAACGAAUCAAGGAUCACCGGCAGGUCAGCAUGGAGAUACCACGGAUCAUACAGCUUCGAAUAUAAUAACACCAUUAUCUACGCCUUCGCUGGUGACUUCUCACAAUGUGAAUCCAUUUGAUCAACUGUGA